UUGCGCGUUCACGAGACAUACACAACUUUGUAGACGACUCCCCUGAGCGACGGUUUAUAGAGAUGUAAUGAAUUAUGCAAAGUGUCGUUUUUCUUUUUAACUGUCGAUACUGACUGGCGGGGGAGGGCAUUCCUUCCUUCGUUAGCUGAACCGGGCUAACAUCAUAGGGUUGUUUUGAAUGGACUUUUAUUUUGGCUUGGAAAACUAACUUCACCGAGCAAGCUAGCCAGGCUUCCUAGCUCCGCACAUAGACAGCAAUCGGCAGUCUGUCUGUUUGCCCAGUUGCAGCAACAACUUAUGAAGACCGUCCUGCCCAUGGAGAAACAAGAGCACAGUGCACGGAGCAAGCCCCUCUGUCUGUAGGAUCCUGACAGAUAUGUGCACCGAGAGAUGAUAUGGCAGAAGACUCGCGUGCAAAUGUUAAAACAGGGCAAUAGGCCAGGCAGGAAAUUGGUGUAAAGCUGAUACAUAAGGCUUUGCUACCCAGCAGCUUGUGUGUCUGUGUGUGUGCUAGAAGUGCCUAUGGCGGAGUUUGGGGAGGACGGCUGCCUGCCUCCAUUGAAUCUUGAGGAUACGGCCGUGCCCAGCGACGAAGCAGCUGGGAAGACGCAUUGCGAAGUGUCCGUCUUGAAUGGAGAUUGUGGGAUAUCAGAAAAUAUGGUCGGCUCAGGGUCCAUCGUCGCACCUGGCAACCAAACCGGGGAAAGCGCCAACACCUCUGUCGGAUUGGAUGGCAAAUCAGAAAUACCACGCAGGAGCAGCAUUAUCAAGGAUGGCUCAAGGCAGCGUAAAGAAAGAAAGAAGACUGUAUCGUUCAGCAGCAUGCCCACAGAGAAGAAAAUUAGCAGUGCUAGCGACUGCAUCAAUGCAAUGGUGGAUGGCUCUGAGCUAAAGAAAGUGCGACCCAACUCCCGCAUUUACCACCGCUACUUUCUCCUUGAUGCCGACAUGCAGUCUUUGAGAUGGGAGCCCUCGAAGAAAGAAUCAGAAAAGGCCAAAAUUGAUGUAAAAUCCAUCAAGGAAGUGCGAACAGGAAAAAAUACAGACACUUUUAGAACUAAUGGAACCUAUGAUCAGAUUUCAGAGGACUGUGCCUUCUCAAUAAUUUUUGGGGAGAACUAUGAGUCACUGGACUUGGUGGCAAACACUGCAGAUGUAGCCAACAUUUGGGUUACAGGGCUAAGGUACCUGAUCUCCUAUGGGAAACACACCUUAAAUAUGAUAGAGAGCGUUCAGAACUACAUGCGCUCAUCUUGGCUAGGUGAACUUUUUGAUGAGGCAGGCAGUAACAACAGCAAACACAUAAAUAUAUGUGCUGCUGUGCAGUUAGUCAAAAAGUUAAACCCAGGCCUUAAACAUUUGAAAAUAGAACUGAAGUUCAAGGAGCUUCAGAAAGCUAAGGACAAAGCAGGUUCUGAUGUGACAAAAGACGAGUUCAUUGAGGUCUUUCAUGAUCUUUGCACCAGACCAGAAAUUUAUUUUCUCUUUGUUCAGUUCUCUAGUAACAAAGAAUUUCUGGAUACCAAGGACCUAAUGAUAUUUCUGGAGGCUGAGCAGGGUAUGGCACAAGUCAGUGAAGACACAAGCUUAGAGGUCAUUCAGAAAUAUGAACCAUCCAAAGAGGGCCAGCUCAAGGGUUGGCUUUCUCUUGAUGGGUUCACCAACUAUCUUAUGUCUUCAGAGUGCCAUCUAUUUGACCCCGAACAAAAAACAGUAUGCCAAGACAUGAAACAGCCUUUGUCCCACUAUUACAUUAAUGCAUCCCACAACACAUAUCUGAUAGAAGACCAGUUCAGAGGUCCUUCUGAUGUGACAGGGUAUAUCCGUGCCCUCAAGAUGGGCUGCCGCAGUGUAGAGCUGGAUGUGUGGGAUGGGCCUGAUAAUGAACCUGUUAUUUACACUGGUCACACAAUGACGUCACAGAUAGUUUUUCGCAGUGUCGUUGACGUCAUCAACAAGUAUGCCUUUGUUGCGUCUGAGUUUCCACUGCUACUGUGUUUAGAAAACCAUUGCUCCUUAAAGCAGCAGAGAGUCAUGUUUCAGCACCUAAAGAAGAUUAUUGGUGACAAGAUCCACAUAGACCCUCCAAAACCUGAGGACUGUUACCUUCCCUCUCCAUCGGAACUGAAGGGAAAGAUCCUGCUGAAGGGUAAAAAACUGAGCACAAACUGCACUGCUUCAGAAGGUGAGGUCGCAGACGAGGACGAGGGGGCAGAGAUGUCUCAAAGAAUAAGCAUAGAGGCUGCAGAACAACAGACUAUUGCACCCAAAAACUUCCAGCUGUCAAAAGACCUCUCUGAUCUGGUGACCUUGUGUAAGUCUGUGGAGUUCAAGGACUUCCCAACAUCUUUCCAGAACCAGAAGCAAUGGGAGCUUUGCUCUUUCAAUGAAGUUUUUGCCAGUCGCUGCGCCAGUGACCUCCCUGGCGACUUUGUAAACUACAACAAGAAGUAUCUUGCUCGAGUUUACCCUAGCCCAAUGCGCAUUGACUCCAGCAACAUGAAUCCACAGGAUUUCUGGAAGUGUGGUUGCCAGAUUGUGGCAAUGAACUACCAGACUCCUGGCCUGAUGAUGGAUUUAAACAUCGGCUGGUUCCGUCAGAAUGGGAACUGUGGCUAUGUGCUGCGUCCCGCCAUCAUGAGGGAGCAUGUUUCAUAUUUUAGUGCCAACACUAAAGAUUCAGUGCCUGGUGUUUCUCCACAGCUCUUACACAUCAAGAUCAUCAGUGGACAAAACUUCCCAAAACCCAAAGGCUCAGGUGCCAAAGGAGAUGUAGUAGACCCCUAUGUGUAUGUGGAAAUACACGGCAUUCCUGCUGAUUGUGCCGAACAAAGGACUAAAACGGUCAAUCAGAAUGGGGACAACCCUCUGUUUGAUGAAAGCUUUGAGUUUCAGAUAAAUCUCCCUGAGCUUGCAAUGGUGCGCUUUGUGGUGCUAGAUGACGAAUAUAUUGGUGAUGAAUUCAUCGGACAAUACACCAUCCCCUUUGAGUGUCUCCAGCCAGGUUUUCGCCAUGUACCGCUGCAAUCUCUGACAGGGGAGGUUUUACAACAUACCUUGUUGUUUGUUCAUGUGGCCAUAACCAAUCGAAGAGGAGGCGGCAAACCACACAAAAGGGGACUGUCUGUACGAAAAGGCAAGAAGAGUAGAGAGUAUGCCAGCAUGAGAGUGCUGUUGAUCAAGGCUCUGGAUGAUGUCUUCAAAACAGUCCUGCUGCCUCUGAGGGAGGCAACAGAUCUCAGAGAAAACAUGCAGGUGAUCCAGACCAGCAAGACUCUGCUGGAGAGUUUUGAGGGGUUGUAUGAGAGAAUUCUACAAACCCAAAAAGCAGCGAUGGAAUUCCACGAGAACCUCCAUGAUUUAGCUGUGAAGGAGGGGCUGAAGGGCAGGAAGCUGCACAAGUCGGUGGAGAGCUUCACCUGGAACAUCACCGUGCUGAAGGGUCAGGCAGACCUCCUGAAGCACGCCCAGAGUGAAGUCCAGGAGAACCUGCGGCAGAUCCACUACUCUGCGCUCACCUGUAACCUGAGCAAAGGCGCUCCGGCGGGGGGUUCCUCCGGCUCCGAGUCCAGAGGCAGACGCAGCAUGGAUGCCAUUGCUGAGAAGGCCACUGCGGAGGAGGAGCUCACUGAUGAGGACAACUGAAGACCCACAAUCCUGUUCUGCCUGGCUCACAGACUUCUACUGUUCCUGCCCCCUGAGCACAAAACCCAAAGCUCUUGCUCGCUCCGUUAGCAUUCUGCAGCGUCAUCGCUCAACAGUGUGUUUUCCACAUUCCAUCGUGUACAUUCCUGUAUCACAAGCACAGCUGUAACUUCUCAGCCUUGUAAUCAUCAAUAAAAUGCCACAACUACCCCAGGACACAAAUCCUUCCCAAGUUCCGAUCACGGAAGGUUUCGACAGGUUUUGAAAAAUGACUGUGAUUAUUUCUACGUCUUAAUAUGUGAGGGAGCUGUACUGAAAGCUGGAAGAGUGUGAAACGUGAUGCUGCCUAGCCAUUUAGUGCAAAAAUCAUAUAUACCAAAGCAUCCAGCAAACGUGUGGAAAGGGACACUUGGAGAAAUGCUGAGGAUGAUCAUAGUGCCAGACAUAAGUCUUAAGUCUACCCAGAAUAAAACUCACAAACGUCUUCAUCUUCAGUCCUGAUUCAUGCGUUCGUUGCCUUCCCUUCAUUUCGCUGUCACGGAAUCACAUUUCCUGGGGAGGCGAAUAAACUACCAGCUACGUGACCAUUCAUGACUUUGACCUACUGUUCAGAGACUUCUACUCAAUGGACUAGGGUGUUACUCGAGGAAAUAAAAAAAGAAAAGAGCCCUUGGAUUAUUAGAAGAGAUUUCUUAAAGCACAAUUUUUUGGAAAUAUGAAUGUAAAAGGACAAAAGGAGCGAAAGAAGUAAAGGAAAAAAGUAAACGUCACGAAUGAGAGUAAAGAGCUGUUUACAAUUGUCCUGUCUGCCAAAAUAGUCACAUAUAUGUAUAUAUAGAGUUUCCUGUUCCCCUUUUUUUCUGCAGAGUGCAUCAUUUUAUUAUUGUAUACUUGGGAAUAUAAGAUUUAUUUUAUAAAAGAUAUAUGAACUUGUCUGUGGAAAAGGGGGACAUUUUAUCUGUGUGUACAUAACGAGGGUUGUCACUUAAGAAAAGUGACCUCAACUUCAACUGCUAGAGGUGCAAAAACAACCAGCAACGGCACGAAGAGGAACCACGACUGGGUGAUGAUAACUUGGACUCACUUCAGCCUUUUAUCUGCUUUAAUUAUUUGGCCUUUAUUUUUGGCCACGGUCCUCCCAUUUCACAUCGCUAAAAGAGUUUGAGCAAAAUCAACUUAAAUGUUUCGACUGGGGGAUUUCACGAAAGGAUUGCGUGGCUUGCAUCGCAUCAACAAACUGCGCAGCCAAACAAGUAGCUUUUGGGUUGCUCUGGUGCUAUAUGCAUGUGUUCAUAGUUAGCUAACAUGCACACUUUAGCACACAUUGGCAUCUGUGUACAUGAGCCUUGCUAAAACAGUGCAAUUCUCAGUGAUCAGUGCUUAUAACCACUCGCAGCUAAAGUAAAAUGACUAGUGGGUUCAGAGACUUGGUGGUAGACACUCCCAGACUCUCCACUAAGAGUUUGUAGCCAGGCUUGAACUCAUUUAUUUUGGGAUGCUUUAACAGGAGGCAAUGACAGCUGUGUGAUUACAAAUAAAUGAAUAGAGCUCCCCUACAUGUCAUCUUUGAAAUCACAUCUAAAAGUUCAAUAAAGUAUUAUAUAAAAAAGGAUUUCUUCCUUUUCCCUCCACAAGAAAAGGGUGUAUUGGACUCAAAACGUUAUGGGCAUUUAAUUGCGAACUUAAGGUGCAAAUAAAAAUAAUGCGCAAUCCAUAUUAGCCCCUGCGAUUUGCUUUUGGAAGUAUUAAACGUAUAAGGUGUAUUUUCAGGUGUGCUCCCAACAUGUAUAAUUUAAAAACCCCAAUGUGGAAAUCGGGUUAAAAAAAGAAAAUAAUUCCCGCGAUGUUUCUACAUUGCGACUGAACGGGAGCUAUGUACAAACAACUUUAAUUGUGCAGUUAAAAAUGUCAGUCCAGAUCUUGUGCUUUACUACGCUUCAUCUUGCUGUUGGUGUGGAUCGAAGUGGUUCCUGUCUGAGUUGCAACACUUUAUUAACCCUUUGUCAGAAUUUUAACUCAGGUUGUUGAAAAGAUGGUUUGGAAGGAUAUGAACUUCAGAGUAAUAUAAGCUUUCCUUGUGAGUAAAUACUAUCUGACCCACAAUUACCCUGUGAUUCAACGUGCCACAUUACUGCUUACUAAAUGUCUGCAUCAGUUCAUGUUUAUUUAAAUGAAGGUAUUUAGGUUUACAAAAACAACAAUUUGAAUAACUUCAUGUAAAAUAAACUAAAAGCCUGUGUUUGUACGCUACGUAGUAUUUAUUUAAUUGACAACUAAUCCAAAUAGCAUUUUGUUAUUGUUGACUGAUGUGCACUGUUGCUGCCUGAACUAAUGAUAGCUAGUUUUUCAACUGAUACGCUUAAUUAGAUUAGACUGUUUGUCAUAAUGCAUUUGAAGUUUAAUUUGUUGCAAUAUAAAAAGUGAAGCCCUAUAUUAGGCUUUAACACUUAAAGAAUAACAUGUUAGUAGAUACUCAGUUUAAAGCCUACUUUAAGUCUAGCAGUUAAAACAUGUUUAGGUUAACUGAUUCCAAGUGUUGCCUUAAAAUAUUUCCAUAAAUGCUCGGUAGGCGUGACAUGACAAGUCAACAUAUUGAUCACCAGCACGAAUUCAAUAACUGGAGUUCACUUGGGAAUAUCCAAAACGACAAUAAUUAUGAGCAUUGUGACUGUUAAAUGAAGCCCAACCAUCUUUUCAUCUGCAAUUGUCAGCUUCCAUACCUAUUAUUUUGCCCCUUAGUGCUCACAAUGCAAGUACUACAGAUCACAUGACCACUGAGAAGAUGAAAAAUGUUAUCUCUGAAUUUCCGUGCUGUGCCACUCAACGUAUUUCUGAUUGUUGAUGAGAGGAUCAAAGCAUUUAAACUGUAAUCCAGUCUCACAUCAUCUAUCAAGUCCAAAAAAAGAACCUUCGAAUAAACAAUGUUGGAUAGA